UCAAAAUGAGUGUGGUGCUGCACAGCGCGGUGGUGCUUUUAAUAUUUUCUCCUUUCAGUCUGGUGUGUUCACCUCAUGGUCGAGCUCAAACGAGACAUCCCAAAUGGUCGUAUGGAGGCGAGAGUGAUAUGUUAAUGCCCGACACAAGGUCUGCAAUCAACUUGGUCGAAAGGUGGUGGCCUAAAGGCGUUAUAUGUUACGAAAUUGAAGGAAAUUUUUCACUAUAUGAACUCGAUAUUAUACUUGAAGCAUUGCGCGAUGGAUUUAAUGGAACUUGUAUAAGGCUUAGGAACUGUCGUUGGGAAUGUGGAGGCGACUACGUUGCCAUAAAGAACGAUGAACCAAACUGUUUUACCGACGUUGGUCGAUUAGGAGGGCGACAAGUAAUGAAUUUAGGCGAAGGAUGCGUUUAUACUGGUACCGUAAUACACGAGACAAUGCAUGCACUUGGUUUUUAUCACGAACAUGCUAACCCCAACAGAGAUGAUUAUCUACAAAUUUGGGAAGAAAACAUUGAUCCAGAGAUGAUGCACAAUUUUGAGAAAGACGAUCCUGAAUACGUUACAGACUUUGGGCAACCAUACGACUACUGCAGUAUUACUCAUUACGAUGAACGUGCUUUUGGUAUAAAUAAUUCAAUAACUAUGACACCUAAGUGUGAUGUCACGUGCGAGAUGGGAUUUGUGGAAGAACUAAGUCCGAUAGAUAUUAACAAGUUAAACAUAAUGUACGAUUGCCCGUAUCCCUUAAACGAAGUUUCAGCUCCUACAGGAUGCCGCGAGAUCGUCUCCACUACCAUACAACCUACCACCGAUGAAAAUGACUGCGGAGCAAGUGUCGAAGACGACUGUCCAGAAUAACUCGACUUAAAAUUCUGCGAACUCGUAAUUGUUUCUAUUGACUACAGGUUUAUGUAAAAUCCGUCGUGCUCGUAUAAUUAGUUUAGGA